AUGGAUGAAUCAAAUCCAAGGCCAGGCAACGAUCUUGAAAGCCCUACAGCACAACGACGGUCUUCUACGCCCGCUGUCUCCCCUCAACAUAGCACUCGGGUAGCAUCAUGGACUCAAAGUGAGAGGGGUCUCCAACAAAGCUUGUUGAACAGUGCAGAGAAACUGGCAAGGGCGAACAUGAGCGCUGAAACAUUGAUCCAACCUGAGAAUGCACUACCGGAAGGGGCGGUGCGGGCUCCUGGAGUGCGAGGCCAAGAUGUCCAACUUGCUGCUUUAUAUUCACAAAUAUCUCCCGAAACGUUACCUGUCUUGCAAGCAGCGGCGAAAAUGGGGACUGACACUAACAGAAAAAUAUCUGGUGGGGGUUCUGCAAUGCGCACAUCUGAGUACAUACAGAGAAUUUCCUCCCGAGACGAUGCUUCUGUGGCCUCACAUCAGACCAAAACCCCUACAAAGGUUUCUGUGUACAUGGGCAGAGACAGUAUCGGGUGUGAUGAUGGAUAUUCUUUGAGACUCCUGGACACUCCCUCAGAUAUUGAAAAAGAUGGCACCAGGGACGAAGAUGAUGGGUAUUCGCUAAGAGUCCUUGAGAUUCCCCUAAACGGCGAAUCACCAGCAAAUUGCGUCGUGGAAUGCCAUAGCGAGGCACAAACCGGAGCCGUCCUAGCUGGCCUCGGACCAAUAGGCACCAAAAGUGCACGAAUCUACUGGAGUGUACUUCCUCGCGACGGGGACGGCCAAGGAAGAAGAAAGCUCCAUGGACAUAUCGAACGGAUGCUCGGCCAUGAAGUUUCAAAAGCACCCCAUGCUCCCAAUCACUUCACGGAUUUCGGGGCCGUAAACAACCCCAUAAGGCUCCGGACUCAAUGGAAUGGCGCUGCUCAGCCUUACAUCGUGGAACUCUUCCAGGUUGAAAAAUCCCAGCCGGAAGAGUCCUUCCCUUACAGCCCAGCAUACAGGUUACACAAGUUCCAAGCUCAGAUACAGUGCAUAGAGUUUCAAGAAGAUAAGCUAGUCGUUUUGUGCCAGUCGUAUUUGCAGGGUCCAGAGGGCAAACAUGCCAACCUGCGCGCGUGGAACCACUUUGUUUCUGAUAUGCAUUGGCAAAGAAAUCCCAUGUUGGAAUUCCUCGACGGGUCCCGACCCCUCUUCACCAAACUGCUGCUGCUGUACUUUUUAAACACGGGGCUCGACUGGUCACACCACAGGAUCGCAGAUAUCAAGUCUGCGCGCCGGGAUAGAACAGACGACGACACAGAGCUGCACAAGGACGCCGGGUUCAAGUUCCUCAAGCCAGUCACCGAAUGGCAAAAGAUAAUCAUGGCCAGUAGCGAGGCCUUGAUCAAUAUUUGCCACGACUUGGCCAACUCUGCCGACUACAUGGUUCGCCACCUGCAAUGGGGAGCGUCUCAGGCAUCCGCCGGCAACGCCAUCGAAGCGACACCGGCCUGGAAGUGCGUGGCCCUGGACAUUGCUGUGAGCUGUGAAGAAGUCAGGAGACAGUCGACGCAGAUCUUUGCUUGCGAGCAGGGACGUUACGAGCUGUACAAGGCGCAGGUUGAUGCCAAGACGAGCCAGAACGGGACGCUGGUGACGAUUCUUGCGAGCACCUUCCUACCGGCUUCGCUGGCAGUAGGGUGCCUCAGCAUGAAUACCCGUUUCGCAAAAUUUGGUGGUAUGUUAUUUGAUUUGCUGGGUGUCAUCGUCUUGAUCGGCGGGUUCGCCGUUGUGUCGGUUGCCGUGAUCCGGAUCUGGAUUCGUGCGCGCUCUCAUGGGCCAUGGAAGACGAAAACACAGCGCGCCAGAUCGGUCAAAUCCAAGGCGCGAGUGUGGAUCAUCGUCUCCUGUCUCUAUCUGUUAGUCACGGCAUCAUUCUUGAUCAUCAUGUUGGGUAAUUACCUCGUGGGUGGUGUUACGCUUGGUGUAACGGCAGCUGUGUCUUUGGUUGGCUUUGCUUUAUAUCUCCUUCGUUAG